AUGACUGCCCACGAGAUGUCAAGAAAGCUGACCAUUAAGAAGAAGUGCAACAAUGCAGAACACCCAGAUACGUAUGGGCAUUAUAGAGAAGCCAAGUUCUGCCAGGCUAAACAUCACUGGAUUUGGAAGCUUCACCAGGUGUUUGAAGAAAUCCAUGUACUCAAAGAUUACCAAGGCGAUGUUAUGCUCCUGGAAGAUGACUACUACGUGUCCCCGGAUAUCAUUGUCACAUUUCAGAAGCUGAAAGAUCUCAGGAACAGGGAAUGUCUGGACUGUCGUAUGCUUGUCCUGGGCAACUAUGAGAAGAACCAGAACUAUCCUGUCAUUGGAGCAAAAGCUGAAAGAGGAUACUGGAUAUCUUCCAGGCAUAACAUGGGGAUGACUUUUAAUCGCUCUCUGUGGUUGGAGAUUAAAAAGUGUGCCAAGCAGUUCUGUCAGUUUGAUGAUUACAACUGGGACUGGACACUGAUGCAUCUGAGCAUGACAUGUAUCCCAGACAAAGUUAGGCUUCUAGUUAUGAAGGCCUCACGGAUCUUUCACAUUGGAGAAUGUGGAAUGCAUAAAAAGUCCAGUAACUGUGAUCUUGCAAAAGUAAAGGAGGCAGAGAACAAACUGCAAGACAAUAAGCAACAUUUAUACCCAGAUGUAGUUUCUCUGGCAGGUGACACAAGGUACAAGCUCAUCGACCCCAAACCCAAUGGUGGCUGGGGAGAUAUUCGAGAUCACACAUUGUGCAAUUAUUAUUUUAAUGAAACUACAAGUAGAUAG